AUGGAUGACUUCAGGCCUCCCGAGAACCCUUAUGGUCCACCUGUAGCCCCUUCUCAAAGAGCUGAGGCUCCUUCACAACGAGGGCAUAGGGGUGCAAGUCGUGCCAGGCAGCAGCGGCAAUGGAGUCGUGGAAGUGGUGGAGGGAGCCAACAAACUGAUAAUAACAAUUAUGGUCGACGUCCGCGUGAUAAGAGCAGAGAAGGGUGGGGAUAUAGACAGUAUAAUGACCGUCAAGGGAGAUCUUAUCGUGAUGGCUCGUCAUAUCGUGAUAGUUCGUCUUAUAGGGAUGGAAGUUCUUCUCAUCGUGAUCGAAGCAGAGAUAGUUGGCAAGGCCAACGGCAGUAUAAUGACCGGUCAUCACGUUCAUAUCGUGAAAACAGCUGUCCACCCAGACAAAAUAGGUUGAAUCAACAACAUGAUCGACAACCACCGUGGCAUCAAGAACGUUACCACCAGUAUCCACCUCAGAAUGGUAUAGUGCAACAAAAUAAUUGGCCUACAAAUAACAUUUCUGGAUCAUCUGGUCCACAUGGCCCACAUUCACAUCCUCAUAAUGCAUUAUUAUCACAAGGAGUUUCGCAACAGCCACCACAUUCAUCACAAUCAUUACCAGGGCAAAUUGGUCCUCCAGGUGUGCCUGGGCAUAACCUUCAGAGCGCUCAUGGAAUACCUCCAGGUCCUCCUGGUCAAAUAAGUCAUCAAGGACAGAUUAGUCAAGGGGGUCAUAUUGGUCAUAUAAGUCAACAUGAGCAUGAACGACAGCAAUCUUUGAGUCAACCAGGUGCACCUGGAACACAUUCAUCAAUUGGCUUAUAUAGUGAUCAAAGUAAUUAUCAAGAGCCUACUCCAUUUCAAGGUCAAAUACCUCCACACAUUCAAACAUGGGAUCAACAUGCACAAAAUUAUCCUCCUCAGCAUGGUCAUUAUCCAACAGAUAAUUACUAUCACCCUCAACCUCAAACAUACGAACAUUAUACAACAGGGCAAUAUCCAUAUAUUAAUAACGAAUAUAACCAGUCAAUUGAUAAUAAGCACGCGAUGCCACCGCAUCCACCACCACCCCAACCUCCAAAUGUAUCACAUUUUGGAAUGCAACAUGCGCAUGCAAAUACUGCACACCCACCACACAUAUCACAGUUGCAAUCACCAAUAUCUCCGAACCCUUCAUACCAACAACCUCCUCAUCCACAACCUACAACGUUACCGGUCAGACCAACUCAGCAACCAGCGAUUCCACCUCCUUCACAACAAAGUGCACAAAAUGUACCGACUGGAUUAGCACAAACGAAUGUUACUCCAUUACAAAUUAAACCAACUGAACUAUAUGAAAAAUUGGGUCAAGUAGGAGAAGGCACAUAUGGCAAGGUAUACAAAGCUAAGAACCGUGACACUGGUGAAAUAGUGGCACUCAAGCGAAUACGCAUGGAAUCAGAAAAGGAAGGGUUUCCCGUUACUGCUUUGCGUGAAAUUAAACUUCUUCAAAGACUUCGGCAUGAUCAUAUAGUUCACUUAAAGGAGAUAAUGGUUUAUCAAGGAGUAGUAUACAUGGUCUUUGAAUACAUGGAUCACGAUCUGACUGGAGUUCUUUCUAACCCGCAAAUAAUAUACGAGCCACGUCAUAUAAAGUGUCUUAUGAAGCAACUGCUAGAGGGCUUGGCCCAUCUUCAUGAAAACCAGAUUUUGCACCGUGACGUCAAAGGAUCUAAUAUAUUAUUAAACAACCGUGGAGAACUAAAAUUGGCCGAUUUUGGUCUUGCGCGCCAUUUUAAACCUCACCGAAUGCAUGAUUAUACAAAUCGUGUGAUUACAUUAUGGUACCGUCCUCCAGAACUUUGUUUGGGUGCUACUGAAUACGGACCAGAAGUCGAUCUUUGGAGUGCUGGACCUCUUUUCCCGGGGGCGGAUGAAAUCUCCCAGCUUGAAAAGAUAUUUGAAUUAAUGGGAAAGCCAACAUGUCAAGAAUGGCCAUCUAUAAUAGAUUUGCCAUGGUAUGUGGCACUUCAAUUUCCAGAAAUUUUGAAGCCAAAAUUCAGAGAAAUAUAUUCAAAGGUUCUAUCUUCGGCAGCUCUUGAGUUGGUUGAAGCUCUUUUAUCGGUGAAUCCUACUAAGCGACCUUCGGCCCGAGAGGCUUUAAAUUUUGCAUAUUUUACAUCUGAAGAACCCUUAGCAUGUUCUCCGGGGGAGCUUCCUGAAAUUUGCGGGGAUUGGCAUGAAUACGAAUCGAAACAAAGAAAGAAAAAAACUACUGGACCCAAUCCUUAA